UACAUUCUCAGGGAGUGUACACCCGGGGCUCGCAGCCGCUUAUGAAGACAACACCUUACUCGUAACUCUGUGCAAUAUGGCAAAACAGUUAACGGACGAAGAAGCAGCCGUGCGAAAAUGCCAUCUCUUGGACUUGCCAUGGGAAGAUGUGCUGGCGCCGCAUAUUUUAAGCUAUUUGCCUUUGCGACAGCUCGUCAGCCUGCAGACUGUGAGCAGGCAGUUCCAUGCCCUCAUCCAAGUGUACUUAGCCAAUUGUCGGACUCUUGAUCUUUCACAGAUUGGUCAGUGCAUUCCUAAGGAGGCCUUUUGCUCUAUGUUAAGGGACAACAAAGUUCUCCAGAACUUGUCAGUUCAGAACUGCUCAGAUUGGGUGACAGACAAAGAACUGCUGCCAGUGAUAGGCCUGAACCAGCACCUGCUGAAAGUGGAUCUAAGGGGAUGUGUUCGACUGACCCGUCACUCCCUGGUGGCAGUGUCGUUGAGCUGUAUGCACCUUCAGCACCUGGGCCUGGCGCAUUGUGAAUGGGUGGACAGCCUGUCCCUGCGCAGCCUAGCAGAUCACUGCGGGGGGCUGCUUUCUAUCGACCUCACUGCCUGCCGCCAGCUCAAGGACGAGGCCAUCUGCUACCUGGCCAAAAAGUGUCUCAAGUUGAAGUCUCUGUCUGUGGCAGUCAAUGCCAAUAUCACUGAUGAGUCUGUUGAGGAGGUGGCCAAAAACUGCAGGGCCCUAGAGCAGCUGGACCUGACGGGGUGCCUGCGAGUUAGGAAUCAGUCCAUCAGGACUGUUGCAGAGUACUGCCCAAAGCUGCAGUCACUGAAGGUGAAUCAUUGUCACAAUGUGACUGAAUCCAGUCUAGAUCCCCUACGGAAGAGGAAUGUGCAGAUUGAUGUGGAGCCGCCUCUACAGAGAGCGCUGGUUUUGCUGCAGGAUGUUGUGGGCUUUGCCCCCUUUAUCAAUCUCCAAAUAUAGCCAAAAGGCGAUCUGUCCAAUUAAUAAGUCCUAAAUAGGUUUUAUUUUCAAAGCAGUGGAUCUGUUUCAGCUGCGUAUCAGGAAUAUCAGCUGCGUUGAGCACUGCUACAAGAAGACAGUGUAAAAGCAUACGGCAAAUACUUUGUUUAAACAAAGUAUAAGGAGUAUAAGGAAUGUCUGCCUCAGAUGGCAAUGAAACUACUCCUACACUUACAAACGACUGAAGAAAGCCAUGCACUUUUCUAUACAUUUGACCCAUUUCCAAAUGAGACUGUAAACUGCACUAUGUUUUUUUUUAUCCCUUAGUGUUGGAAAAUGUUCACUUUUAAGAUGAGCUAACAUAAGUCAAGUACAGCAUGUAGUUUGGUUAUCUGUGUUUUUGUUUGUUUUUUUUAUUUUUUAAAACAGUAUGUGCUUUACUUUAUGUACGUUGUACAGUUGGUCAUACUGUAAGAAAAUUAUCUUAUGUUUCAUUGGGAAACAUUGUAACAUGUUUGAGUUUAAUUAAACAUUCUAUUUUGCAUUUGU